AUGCUUUUGCGCAUACGGAGAACAAAGAAGCUGGCCCUAUUGCUCAUCACACUGUCGCUAUUUUUAACUUUUCUAUUUAGAUUCUACCGAGGACGUCUGCUUUCUAGCCGUCUUGAAACACACAGAGAAGAUGAUCUUUCUGAAAAGUCGCUUUGCAUUUCCAAACUGCUCCAAUCGGGAGAAAGUGAGAAGGUAAAUUGGAUAAAUGAGUUCUAUGAACCGAACAAAUGGAAAAAUUUUGUAUCUUACAUGAAUGGAGGUCGUAAAGAUGUGAAAACGGUCUCUCGAUCGCUAUCCAAUUUACUUUUGUAUCGACAAUGCUCCAAAGUCACUUAUAAUGAUCAGGAAGUUGUUCUUCUUCGUAAGGCAGAAAGCAGGUUGUUUCCGUAUAUGAACUUCACAACUUUAAACGGGGGAGAAUCUCAAGAUUUUUGGCCAGUUCAUACUCGAUUUGACGGAACAGUAUAUCGUGGACAGGUGCUACAUUUUUCUACUGAAAACAAUUCCUUCACAGGAACUUCGCCGGUUGAGUUUAAGGCCAAUAAACCAUUCUGGGAAAACUGGUUGAACUCAGCUCUCCAAAGGAAUUCAAGGGGCCUCGUAAUGAGCGUAUCAGAUUACCUGGUGUCAGAUACGAUUCGAUUAAUAAGGACUUUGCGGCUGUUGAAUAAUUCUCUGCCCAUUGAAAUUGUCCAUAAGUCGGAUUUAGAUGAGCGCUACCAACAGCUCCUGAUAAUAUCCGCAAGGGAAUCCGCAUCCUUGGAUUAUCCUCCUCAAGAAUUGUGGUUUCUAGACGUACAGAGCAUGUUAAGUGACGACUAUUUAGGAAAAUUCAAACGAUUUUCGAAUAAAUGGCUGGCAAUUACCUUUUCCUCAUUUCAAGUACCCAUUUUUUUAGAUUCUGACACCGUACCUUUCGCUCCAGUGGAUACAUUGUAUCAAACGGACGAGUUUAUAAGAACUGGCACACUCUUUUUUAGGGACAGAAGCUUUCCAAAUUCCAAAUUGAGUUUACUUCAGAUCAAAGUCUUGAAGCAAAUAAUUAAUAAUAGCUUGGGCAUAUCCUUGGAUUCGGGACAAGACUUCGAAUUGUUGAAGAAUAGCCUAAACGAUAAGAUAGCAACUAAUGCAAUAGAGAGUUUGAUUUUCAAGCAACAAAAGCAUCAUAUGGAUAGCGGCUUAUUGAUAUUCGACAAGCAAAAACACUUUUUUUGUUUACCCAUCGCUAUAAUGCUGCAGUUUUCUCCCAUUCAAGAAUAUUUUCACGGUGAUAAAGAAUGGUUCUGGCUUAGUUUGCUCAUGUCUAAAGAAGAAUUUACUUUUCAUCCGGUAGAGGCGUCAAAUGUGGGAAAAUUGGAGAAAUCGAGGACUCCAGAAAGCGCUAUGAUCUGUUCUAUCCAGCUAUCUCACACAGACGUUCAUGGUAGUCUUUUGUGGUUGAAUGGCGGUCUAUCUGUCUGUAAAAAAGCCUGCUGGGAUUAUGAUUUUAUCAAGCAUAAUAAUAUCGCGGCUAAAUACAAGAGUGUUGAAGAAUUACAGAAGUACUAUCAAUCCCCUGUAAAACUUGAAAAUAUUAUAAUCCCCGAUGUUGAUAAGUCUCCCUGGUCGCAACAGAAUGAAUGUGUUAUGUACAACUACUGUACACAUUAUAUGAAGGGAAAGUACGGACAAUUGAUAGAAUUUACAGAAUCUCAGAAAGAAUAUUACGAGAAAUUUGUGAAAUUAUGGAACGAGGUUAUAUAG